CGCUCCAGCAGCCGCCGCCGCCACCACCGCCACCACCGCCGGGAGCUCGAUGGGCUUCUCUUGCGCGCCGCCCUGUGUCUGGCCGAGUCCAGGGAGCCGCGGCGCCUCGUGCCGGGGAGCCAUCGCUGCAGCCCGAGGCCGGAUCGCGGGUCGGGGGCUGCAGGGGGAGCGACGGCGGCGGCGGCAGCCGAGCCCCACCGGGGGCCUGGGACUGGGGAACUGCCUCCAGCUUCACGAGCUGCUGUCUUCAGAAAAGCACACAGAGCCAGUGCUGCUUCUGAGUGAUUUCCUCUGCUGUGAAGUGACUUGAGUUCUCAAAAGACUGAGAUGUUGCUUGCCUGCAUCAUAGACUGUGCUCCAGGUGGUUUUCCCAUGGCCCCUACAUCUGGCAGAGAACUAGAGCCAUCGUGGUUUCUGAGAAACCUGGUUGGUGAAACGACAGGCCCCAGAGUUUAAGAUAAAGAACUGGAGCAGGGGAAUCUGGACUGCCAUGUCUUGCAGCGUGUGCCGUGGACAGAGAGACUUCAGUUAUCGCGUCUUAGUGAUUUCAUUGCUCUCUCCAGAGACUCAGCUGCAGCUGUGAGGAAGAAAGGACACGUUGCCAGCACUUGCUUCUGAAGUAACUGACGUCUUUCCUAGAGAGAAGACGUGUGCACCGCCUGUGAUAUGUGCAGGGUCUUGCGGUCAACAGCACAAGUAACAGGCACCUCCACCUCCCUCGACCCUCACACCAACUAUGCCAGUAUGGACAGAAUAGCUUAUGAUGCUUAUCCCCACCCACCACUUCCGAGACAUUGAGCGGAAGCCAGAAUACCUCCAGCCGGAGAAGUGUGUCCCACCUCCCCACCCCAGUCCUGUGGGAACCAUGUGGUUUAUCCGCGAUGGCUGUGGCAUUGCCUGUGCCGUUGUCACCUGGUUUCUGGUCCUCUAUGCGGAGUUUGUGGUCCUCUUUGUCAUGCUGAUUCCAUCCCGAGACUACGUGUACAGCAUCAUCAAUGGAAUUAUGUUCAACCUGCUGGCCUUCUUGGCCCUGGCUUCCCACUGCCGGGCCAUGUUGACGGACCCCGGGGCGGUGCCCAAAGGAAAUGCCACUAAAGAAUUCAUCGAGAGUUUACAGCUGAAGCCUGGGCAGGUGGUGUACAAGUGUCCCAAAUGCUGCAGCAUCAAGCCUGACCGAGCCCACCACUGCAGUGUUUGUAAGCGGUGCAUUCGGAAGAUGGACCACCACUGUCCCUGGGUCAAUAACUGUGUUGGCGAGAACAACCAGAAGUACUUCGUCCUGUUUACAAUGUACAUAGCUCUCAUUUCCUUGCACGCCCUCAUCAUGGUGGGAUUCCACUUCCUGCAUUGCUUUGAAGAAGAUUGGACAAAGUGCAGCUCCUUCUCGCCACCCACCACAGUGAUCCUCCUCAUCCUCCUGUGCUUCGAGGGGCUGCUCUUCCUCAUUUUCACAUCAGUCAUGUUUGGGACCCAGGUGCACUCCAUCUGCACGGAUGAGACGGGCAUUGAACGCCUCAAACGAAAGCACCAGCCCAGGGAACACACAGGCAGCUGGAAGUCAGUCAAAGAGACCUUUGGUGGGGACUUUUCCCUGAACUGGUUCAACCCCUUCUCCGGACCGCGUCAUCCAAAGCCUCUCAGUGACGGUGACUGGGUGCGACAGGUGGCAUCGCUGUCAGACACUGAGAACACAGAAACAACAGAGGAGCAGUCAGAGCAGAGGAAGGACGAGGACUCUGUGGAGGUGAUAGAUGAAUGAUACUGUGGGGAGAGGGCCAGGCACCAGGCAGCCGCAUCACCCUACGUGCCGGCAUCGUGGCCACAGGGCUCCUGCGCACCACUUGCUCCCCUGCACCCACUGCUCCCUUCACACCACCCCCUUGGCCUUGCCGUCCUCUGACCCGUCCUCCCUCUCCCCACGUUGGACCAGGUCGGGGAUGGGGGUGGACUAGGGGUGACAGAGGAAGACGAGAAACUUGCUCUGAGCUCAUCUGCCCAUGAGGGAUUGUCAGGAACCAUUCUCCGAGGCUGGGCACCCUUCACAGCCUGUGCAGCCUCACCCAGCAAAGGAAGCUCUGAAUAGGGCAGCCUGGGGGCAGAAAAGAACUGGCCUCUGUCCUUUCUUGGGAUAUCUGUCUUCUCUUGAGAAGGUUGGGGCCCAGGCUCCUGGCUUUUGAGAACUAAGGCUGUGAGGUUGUGAUGGAAGAACAGAGCAGGGCUGGCCUUGGGAACCUGGGGUGGGACACUGGCAUCAGAAGAGAUGGACCUGGAAAGGCUGAAAGGAUCCUGGUCACUCCCCCGAAAGGGCUUCCCCCUGGUGCCUGCCUAAACUAGAAGAAAGGCAUGGCGGGCUCAGCUACCUUCAGGGCUCAGGCUUGGUUUGGGAGAGGACUCCAACAGCAGGCUAUACACACACACACGGGAUGAGCCCAGGUUGGAAGCAAUCCUGAGUUAUGACAGUAACACCCAAACUUAGCUCCUGUUCUAUAGAUACUAGAAUCCCUGAGUCAGCUCGGAGGUGUCCUGCCUUGUAGCUAAAAAUCGGUCCAUUCCUACUGGAAGGUCGGGAGGAAGAACCUGUUUAGAGCUACCGGAACUCUGACCUCCCCUAUGAGAACUGCAUUAACUGUCCGUCCUGGAGAGAGUCUAACCACCCACAUGGGCCGAACUGACCAGAAAUCUGGCCUGACUGUUUUAGGCCAGUUCUCCCAAGACAGUGCCCAUCAUGUCUCUCUGAAAGAAUGGGCACACACACACACGCACACACACGCGCGCGCACACACACACACUCUACCAGAGAGGGCAUCUCUGGUGGGUCCCUGUGCUGCUGCCCACAACUCUGCUUCUAGGCCAGCCCUAUGGGGCCACCAGCACUUGUGAGAUGAGGUGGUGAACAAGGCAGACGUGGGGCACCCCUUGGGAUGUCUUCUUUACCCCAAAGGUCAGGAAGGGGCACCCUUGUUUAACACCCUUCUUUUCCUGGGUCUGGUCCAAGUCAGGACCCCUCUGGCUGGCCUGCCCCCUCUGCACCCCGAGGUGGAGGCCCACAGGGUCACAAAGGCAGCUUUAUUCCUGGGGAUGGGGGAGUGAAUGGGAGGUACAGAGGGAUGGAUCUUACCUCCUUGGCCAUGAGAGAAAGGAACUGAAGCAACAGGAUCAGCAAAUUCACAGACCACAUCUAGGGCCACAUCCAAGAUGGUUCCCAAGGGAAGGCUUUCCUGAAAAGGGGACCUGGGGUCCAGCAGCAUGUCCGGGGAGCACAGGGCUGGCUGUCCUCACCGCAUGUGAGCUGAGAGUGCUCAGCAGGGUAAGGGUCUGGGAUGGGCCUGCCUGGUAUGAGGGGGAGGGGUGCUCUCCGAUCACUCCCAAUGCUGCCUGGAGGAGGGGGAUGUUUCAGGUGUUAGAGUGAGAGUGAAAUGUCUGGAUGGGACCAGGUGAGGAGGCUGUGGCUUCCUUGGAGAAGGUUCAGGGGCUGUAUGGAGGGAGCAGGUAGGCAGGCUCCCUCACCAGGAGAGGUGGGGCCGUUCACCAUCUUCCUCCCUCCCUCCCUCACCCCCCCCCACCCCCGCAUUGGCCCCCUUGAAGGUUCCUGAUUUUAACUUACCAGCACCAUCAGUCAUCAAGUAGGAGGGACCACUGGGUCAUCCACCACCACCAAGGGGCUGGGGCUCCUUCCGCAUGGAAGACUGGACGUGCCUACUACACUACAGGUGCCUCGAAGGCUCACCAACCAUGGGGAAGCAUAGGGGCUGUGAAGUUGGGUUUUAGGUGCCAUAGUUUCAAGUUGCCUGAAGUUGUCGAAAGUCAAAGGUGAACAGACAGCACCUGGCCCUCAGUCCUGCUUCUGGUUUGGCAGGCAGGCCCAGGCCCAGGCCCAGGCCCAGUGUGUGCAGAGAUCCGAGGGAAAGGCCCUGUCUACCUGCUCUUCCUCAGGUAGGCCCCCCUCAGGGAAGGAAGAGGGGUGGGAUUUCAGGCAGACAAUAGCGAGGAGAGAAUGUAUUUCCAGCAGGCCCAGCCCAGUUCUGGCAGAAGACUCUACUUGGCUGGUGCUUCCAAGGGCUGAUGCACUCUGGGGCUGAAGGGGUGGUCCCUCCUCACAGGGCAAGUGGGCAGCAGCUUCUGAUAGCCUGUGUCUCCAGGGAGGGACUCUGUGGCUGUGGACGCCUUUGGUUCUGACUGCAGAUAGUGGUGGCCCUGCUCUUUGAGGCCAUGACUCAAGGCAGGGAGGUGAGGUUCUGUGGCCCAGGCUGGGCGUUUCUAGCUGUCAACAGUCUACCCUGUGAUUCCACAUGACCUGGCCUAGUGGGUCCUGCUGCCUGUGAUUUGUGUUGGCCUUUGAACGCUAACUUUCACCCAGCUGGCUCUUGAAUUUGCCCUCAUAUGAGUAAUCAAGUCUAAUCAUCUGAAAUCUAAUGAGUAAUAAAAUCUAAUUAUCUGAACGCUAAUCCCAAAGCAGGAAACGCUGAAACGCUCAGCCAAGGCUUAGAGCCGGUCACAGCUGCUGCCUCUUUCCAAGGCAUCAGGCAAAGGCUAGUUGUGAUGAGAAGAGUCUUCUCAGCAUGAACCUCUUUCACCUGAUUGGAAUUAAACUUGAUAAAUUUCUCAAGUCCAG